AUGAGAGGGGCUGGCGAUGAGGUGGCGUCGUGGGAUUUGCGGCUGGGGAGGCGAGCUGCUGAGCUGGCACGGGACGUGGUGAGGAGCCUUCGGCUGCGCAUGGCGGACCACCAGAAGGCACUGCAGGUGGGCAUGGGACUGGCGGCAGGUGGGGUAACGUUCUCCUUUCGUUGGUACUCCCCUGUCAGACAGGUUCCUCAACAUACAUUUCCCUCACGUGGUGAGGAGUCUGCGGCUGCGCAUGGCGGGCCACCAGAAGGCGCUGCAGGUGGGCGUGGGCUGGGAGACAGGUGGGGUGGGAUGGGCGGCAGGUGGGCGUGGGAUGGGCGGCAGGUGGGCGUGGAAGGGGCGGCAGGAGGGCGUGGAAGGGGCGGCAGGAGGGCGUGGAAGGGGCGGCAGGAGGGCGUGGAAGGGGCGGCAGGAGGGCGUGGAAGGGGCGGCAGGAGGGCGUGGAAGGGGCGGCAGGAGGGCGUGGAAGGGGCGGCAGGAGGGCGUGGAAGGGGCGGCAGGAGGGCGUGGAAGGGGCGGCAGGAGGGCGUGGAAGGGGCGGCAGGAGGGCGUGGAAGGGGCGGCAGGAGGGCGUGGAAGGGGCGGCAGGAGGGCGUGGAAGGGGCGGCAGGAGGGCGUGGAAGGGGCGGCAGGAGGGCGUGGAAGGGGCGGCAGGAGGGCGUGGAAGGGGCGGCAGGAGGGCGUGGAAGGGGCGGCAGGAGGGCGUGGAAGGGGCGGCAGGAGGGCGUGGAAGGGGCGGCAGGAGGGCGUGGAAGGGGCGGCAGGAGGGCGUGGAAGGGGCGGCAGGAGGGCGUGGAAGGGGCGGCAGGAGGGCGUGGAAGGGGCGGCAGGAGGGCGUGGAAGGGGCGGCAGGAGGGCGUGGAAGGGGCGGCAGGAGGGCGUGGAAGGGGCGGCAGGAGGGCGUGGAAGGGGCGGCAGGAGGGCGUGGAAGGGGCGGCAGGAGGGCGUGGAAGGGGCGGCAGGAGGGCGUGGAAGGGGCGGCAGGAGGGCGUGGAAGGGGCGGCAGGAGGGCGUGGAAGGGGCGGCAGGAGGGCGUGGAAGGGGCGGCAGGAGGGCGUGGAAGGGGCGGCAGGAGGGCGUGGAAGGGGCGGCAGGAGGGCGUGGAAGGGGCGGCAGGAGGGCGUGGAAGGGGCGGCAGGAGGGGUCCCACACUUGUUCCGCCCUCACCUCACAGGAGCAGGAGGGGGAGGGACAUGUGGGCCGUAG